AGCUGCCAGCCCUGGCCCAUCAUGUAGCUGCAGCACAGCCUUCCCUAACGUUGCAACUGGGGGAAAAAUCACUUUCCAGUCUGUUUUGCAAGGUGUGCAUUUCCAUCUUGAUUCCCUGAAAGUCCAUCUGCUGCAUCGGUCAACAGAAACUCCACUUGCAUGAAGAUUGCACGCCUGCAGCUUGCAUCUUUGUUGCAAAACUAGCUACAGAAGAGAAGCAAGGCAAAGUCUUUUGUGCUCCCCUCCCCCAUCAAAGGAAAGGGGAAAAUGUCUCAGUCGAAAGGCAAGAAGCGAAACCCUGGCCUGAAAAUUCCGAAAGAAGCUUUUGAACAACCUCAGACCAGUUCCACGCCACCUCGAGAUUUAGACUCCAAAGCUUGCAUUUCUAUUGGAAACCAGAACUUUGAGGUGAAGGCGGAUGACCUGGAGCCUAUAAUGGAACUGGGCCGAGGUGCGUACGGGGUGGUGGAGAAGAUGCGACACGUGCCCAGCGGGCAGAUCAUGGCAGUGAAGCGGAUCCGAGCCACAGUAAAUAGCCAGGAGCAGAAAAGGCUACUGAUGGAUUUGGAUAUUUCCAUGAGGACAGUGGACUGUCCUUUCACGGUGACCUUUUACGGCGCUCUCUUCCGGGAGGGUGAUGUUUGGAUCUGCAUGGAGCUCAUGGAUACGUCACUAGAUAAAUUCUACAAACAAGUCAUUGAUAAAGGCCAAACAAUACCAGAGGACAUCUUAGGGAAAAUAGCAGUUUCUAUUGUAAAAGCGUUAGAACAUUUACACAGUAAGCUCUCUGUCAUUCAUCGAGACGUCAAGCCUUCCAACGUGCUGAUCAAUACUCUGGGCCAAGUCAAGAUGUGUGAUUUUGGAAUCAGUGGCUACCUUGUAGACUCUGUCGCUAAAACCAUUGACGCGGGAUGCAAACCGUACAUGGCUCCUGAAAGAAUAAACCCAGAGCUCAACCAGAAGGGGUACAGUGUGAAGUCUGACAUUUGGAGUCUGGGCAUCACAAUGAUUGAAUUGGCCAUCCUUCGGUUUCCCUACGAUUCGUGGGGAACUCCUUUCCAGCAGCUCAAACAGGUGGUAGAGGAGCCAUCGCCGCAACUCCCUGCAGACAAGUUCUCCGAAGAGUUUGUUGACUUUACCUCCCAGUGCUUGAAGAAGAAUUCCAAAGAACGGCCGACAUACCCAGAGCUCAUGCAACAUCCAUUUUUCACCCUGCACGAAUCCAAAGCAACAGACGUGGCAUCUUUUGUAAAACUGAUUCUUGGAGAUUGAAAACAAUGGACUUAAUCAGUUGACCCUCCUGUGGAUUGGUGGGUUUACGGGGUGAAGCAAGUUCACUAAAGCGCCAAUGGAAACUCAUCUUUGAGAUAAUUUAACCCUGCCUCUCAGAAGGUUUUUUUUUUUCCUCCCCACUUUCUUUGUUUUUUUCCCCUCCAAUGGGGGCCUUGGAAUCUAUAGUAUAGAAUGAACUGUCUAGAUGGAUGGAAUAUGAUAAAGGCUUAGGACUUCAAAAGCUUGUAGGUGGAGCAGUUUUUAAGUGGACCUCUGAAAAGUCACAUAUUCAGAUGGAAAAAUGCCAGAGUAAAAUCUAGAAAGAAGAUGCUACCAAACCUGAUAGAACUGAAAAAAAAGAGAUUUUAUUCUAGAAGGUAUGUUCUUCUUGUCUGUGUGUAUGUGGUGUGUGUGUGUGUGUGUGUGUGUUAGCACUGUUAAAUGUGCUGGCAGCUAAAGGUACUCUCUGGUUUUUUUUGGCUUUGGUUGGGGUUACUCUGGAUUCCUUUGGGAAUCUGUUGAAGGCUAAGACCUUUUCCCUAGGAAAAUGCACAUAGUAUGUGGAAAACAUAGUUUUGCAAGCUUUUUUUUCGUUGAGGGGAAGGGAGUGUAGGACAGUUUGUAGGCCCCAGAUAAUCAAUAACCUCUGCUGUGUAGAAUGUGGACUGUGACCUUCUAGACCAGGAAUUGGCAAACUUUUUAAUUUUUGUAAAGGGCCAGAUAAUAAAUAUUUUUGGCUUUGUGUUCCUUACAGUCCCUGUUGCAGCUACUGAGAUCUGCUGUUUCAGUCUGAAAGCAUCCAUAAACACUAUGUAAGUGCGUGAGCAUGUGCUGAGUUCCAAUAAAGCUGUAUUUCCAAAAGCAGAUUACGAGCAGCUGAAUGUGGCCCGCAGGCCAUGAUUUGCCAAUACUCGUCCUAGACAUCAAAUACAAAACUCCACCUGAUAACUGUGUGCAUAGAAUUCUUUCAUUUGGUGAGUCUUUAGCUCAGCUGCUGUUAGGAAGAUAAAGACAGGAGAAGGAACUCAGAAAAGGUGGAGUCUGUGUAGUCCCAGGGACAGUGACUCUUCAUUUCUUUGGUAAGUAUUCCUUGCUUUGGAAGCUAGUGGGACAGUUUUAUUCCAAUGAAGCUGAAUAUGUACUUUUCCCUUUUCUCUGUAGUGACCAGCGUAACUUACUGCAACUUGGAAAUAAAAGGCACACUCUUCUCUUGGACAUUAAUUGCCUUCUUGUUUCUUAGUUUUGCAUCCUGUUUCUCUCUGUGGGGCGCUUCUCAUGCAAGGAGAAUCGCAGACCCCCAGACACUGAUCAUUUGAUUUUCCUUUUCCCUGGACUGUAGUCUCUUAGGAUUUGAAAACUUGGGAGGCCAGACUUACCUCAGAAGUAGAAGGCAGGUAGAAUUCUUAAAAUCUUCCAAUUCAUUCACUUGGUCUAUCAGGCCAUCUUUUCAGAAAGUAAGAAAGAAUGGUUUGGGGGGGGUCACAAUACUGGUUCUGAGGUGGAGAUAGAGCUCUAGGCUGCCACCGUAUCAAGACACUUAGCCCUACCCCUUGAGUACCCUGCCUUGGGCUUGGAGAGAUGAGGCUGCUUUACCUUACUCCUUUUUCAAUCGUCAGUAAAGUUCUAUUUUAAGGAGCCUAUGCAAAAUGCCUCCUUUCUGAUGGGAGUAUCUCGGGUUGCCAGCCCUGGUUGAAUUUCUGGCCUCAUGGCCUCUAGUGAAAGAUCUGCUGCUCCUUUGGGAUGAGAACAACUGUGUAAUUUGCUUUGCCUUCUCUCAGAAUGCUAUGCAAAUAACUGCCACCUAAGUAAGCUCUGUCCGUUUUCUUCUUUCAGAGCAGUGCAGCACAUCUUACUUAUAGCUAGAGUUUUCUUUGUUAUUCAGAAACAUUGUGUUUUCCUGCUGUAUCAUCAGGCAAACAUAAAUAACACUUAGAAUGACACUCAGGAACUCCUCAAGAGAGCCUGUUUAAGUAUGGGCAACUUACCUAAAGACCAUUUUCUCUUCACCUGGGGAAACAACCUGAAUUCCAGAGCCUUCCAAAUGAAGUUCUCCUUCUGAGGGAAGCACAUAGCCACCACAUACACCACUCACCACCUGCUCCUGGUGUCUGCAAUGAAGAGGUGUCAUUUUUCUGAGGUUUCGAGAGUCACUGAUGACAGCCAUGCAAAUAUAAUUCUACCAUCGCAGGCUUUCUGAUAGAGUCAUUUGGAAUCAACCCAUAAGUUGGGGUUUAUCUUUCGGUUCCUGACCCAAACUCCUUUCUCAAACAAAAUUUCUCUAAAAACCUUUCCAAUCUGAGUUGAAGAGGACUUGGGCCUCAGUAGAAACACAAAAGAAAGUCCAGGACUUUGUGGCUGGGCUUUUUCUUUUUAAAAAAAAGAAACAAAUGUCACCUCAUAACAUGAACAUGUGUUAAUAGGAUUUAGAAAUAUCCAUCUCUAGUUCCCUGGGACUGUCAGUAUCUUGACAUCACUCUCAUUGUCAUUUGGACAAGGACAAUGAACCAUUUAUUCUUGGGAGUUUACAUUUGGAUUUGGGGAGAUUUGCGUUGUAUUUCUUUCUUACAGUUGCCAGUAUGGACAGAUUUCGCAGUGAGCAAUUAAUCCUGAUAUGCAGAGGUUUUCCCCAGCUUACCCUUUUGCAUUUCUGGGAUUUUAGGGUUUCUUUCAAGGAAUAAGGCAAAUGCUGUUGUGACUUGGAGACUGAGUUCAGGGAAAUCAUGGGAAAUUUAGGCGCUUACUUGUAUCUGAAUAAAGGAAAUAGAACUUCCUAAGCGACCCCCAGAGUUAGUGGCUUCGGCCAAGCCAUCACAGUCUUUUCUGUUUUCCUUGAUUACAUUUUCUUGUUCUUCCUUGCUGGACACAGAUGUGUCCUUAACUGACUUAACACUUCUGUGGAAAGGAACUGACCCCACGUUUUCAUACCUCCACACUCAAAUUCAACAAUUUGGCAUCGGUCUGCCAACAUUAGGUUCCGUUGUUCCCAAAUUGUGAGCGAUAUCUAAAAGAACUUUUAGUAAAACUUUCACACAAGAUAUAAGACCUUAUAAUAAAACUUCUCUUUGGCCUGUAAACGGGAGCAUCUGGAUUGGGUAUCUGUUCCUUUUAAGUAAUAUUGUACUGUGGCCAGUCAGCAUCAUUGUGUCAAAGUCGGCAUUUGUAUUGGAGUCUGUAGGCUAUUUCAACAAAGCAUGUCAGGCCACCGCCUCAGGGGACUGCUGUGGACUUCGGAGUUUAAGACGGAACAGUGAUGGGAAAUUCUGUUUGGGGGCUGUGAGAAAAGGUAAAUGUAAAGAGCAGUGCUGGACUAUGAACCCCAUGGGAGAGCCCUUAUUUUCUGUAUUAUUCCAGAGAUGAUCUAGGGGAAAACCUAUCAAAAACCUAGUCUUUUUUUUUUUUUCCUCUUAAGAGCACUGAAUGGUGAGACGAUUCAGAGCAUGGCAUUGCUUCUGAUAUUAGAAACGUUUCUCUUGUUUCCCUACUGUUACUGAGUCUACAGUCCCUGUUUGAAGCUGAUGUCACUCAGAAAAGAGGUAAAGGAUUGGAGGGGUGGCACAGCAUUUUGAGUUUCCAGCCCACCUGUCAGCUACCUUCUGAGUAAAGAAAUAUGAAUACAAAGAGCCCCUUAAUCUUUGGUUCCAGUGGUGGACGUUUUAAAGGAAAGUGGACACCAAGGGUUGUCUGGUGAAUAUACUUCUUCCGCAAUGCAGGGAGCUGUGAACAUCCUUAGAAAUACACUACAGGUCUUCACUACAAGAUCUAGAAUUGGUCAUUUUAUAACAUAAUACUCAAAGCUAGUUUGAGUUUUCAGAAGCAGUGAAUUGUGCAGAAAAAGUAGCUAUCUUAUUUUAUUUUUUUGUCUGAUUUCAAGUUUUCUCUCCUAGUGUGUGUUUAGUAUUUGGGACGGUAGGAGUUGAGGGCACGGAAGUGUUUCCAGACUACAUUCAGGGGUGCCCCUGUGGGCCUCUCACCAUGAAGGGAAGGGGAGAAGAGUGUAAUGGACGUCAACCUUGCCCAAUCUGAAACCCCCAUCCUCCCAAAUCAUCCCCUUUAACUGGAAGUCUCUGCAGCUAUUAAAGGCUUGGGAACUUCCAAUGAAAUGACAACUGGAAUCUGAACAGCCCAAGAAUCUCGGAAAUUUUGUAGCCAACAAUAUCUGUAAGUCCCUGGCUUUUGCUGUACUGAGUAUGUGAACAGGGCUUAGAGGCGGAAGGACAAGAAAAGAAGGCCAUUUAUUGUCAUUUUUAAGUGUGAAUCAUUUGAGAGACGUAUGCAAAAAUCGAUGUGACAGCUGUGCCUAUAGGUCCUUAAAUUGCUUAUUUUUCUAAAGUGGUUGAGAAUCACCUGAGCUCCGUGACAAGGAGCGGUGUGGCUGGCUCUCAGUGGGUAGUGGGAUUCCUAAAUUUCUUGCAGGAGCAGUUGUAAUUUUCUUGACAGGUAGGAAACAGCAAAGCUCUUUGGACCGUUUUUGGCACAAAGGAGGGACCCAUCUGACAGUUUACCUUGUUGAGUUUUAUAAAGGUUACAGGCAGAGAACGGUAAUGGGAAACUGGUACAACCUGUGGACGCUGGAAAUUGUGAUGGUUAUCUGUCGUGAACUGAAUACAAGAGAAUGCUUAGAUGUCAACUGAAUUACAUCAGGUGCCUUCUCUGCACACAUAACAAGUCUGUGGUGAAUUCUGAUAGUGCUGCUUCAGCCACUAAAUCAAAUUUAACAGCUGGGGUUUUCCAGCAGCCAUUUUCAAACUCUGUAUGUGUCAAAAGUUGUAUUUGGCAGCGAUGUCUAGAGUUCCUGGCCAAUUUCUGUGUAAAAACUACCUGAGGAGGUUUGAUUAAGAAAAUUCAGACAAUUUGUCAGUCGUAGGACCCCUGUGUCUGGUUUAUUCUUCAGUCUUAAAUUGAUUUCCUGAGUGGAGUGAUUUUCUGUACAAACCAAAAUGAUGAAAUUGCAGUUUUAAUAAAAUAACAGGUAUUUUUAGAGGAAAAAUGCUGUCUUUAUGUAAUUAACUUCCACAACUGGAACAUAUUUCGUACUACACAGAAUCAUCACAUUGAGUCAUUUAAAGCUGAAAGAGGUAUUAGGGAUGUAGUUCAAAAUCUUAAACAUGUGAAUAUUUUUCUAUAUAUUUUGUGAAAAUCUUGAUGAGAUGCUAAUAUGUCUUCUCUAUGGAAUUGAACUUUGCAAGAAUUUUAGUAAAAUAGGUGAGUUUUUCUCACUUCCUUUGUGUUUUGAUUUCACUGUUGAAAAUGCUUCUUCUGUUUAUUAAUCUGGUCUUUGUAAGAAAAAAAACCGCACACUUUUUUCUUACAUUGUGUGAAUUUUAUGAUGGCUCUCUUUUCAUUUGUAUAUAUGAUUGAUUGUUUUCCUAUGUGGCACCCCAAUUUGUUUUUAAUCCAUGUUUAUCGGAAAGACAGCCGUUGGGCAAGUGGAAACAUGCCUGGUCUUUACAAUCCCUUGAUGCUAGAAUGAAGUAAUUCCAUAUGCUAGUUGGGAGGCUUUGCUAGCUCUUCCUGGUACCUGAAAUAUUCUGAAAGAUCGGAGAGGUCCCACACCCCUAUCCUUUGAAACCCUUCUCCAGCACUGUGUCUCUGGAGAGUUCGAAGUAGAAGUUUGACUAUGGUUUUGUGGAUUCCCUCGUGGACUCACUUUUCCUGCUGUGUCCAGCACGCUGCUAGCCUUCCCUGGUAGGCAUCAUCUCUUCUUCAUGGAUCUUUUCUUUAUGAGUGAGGCAGCAUGGAAUUCAUUAGAGGUUCAUAAAGUAGAAACCUCUAAAGGAUGUGAGUGGAAUGUUUCCGUGCCUUCGAGGUGAAUGCUACAUUUAUGCUCUGGCCCUGGGAACAUAGCACUUGUGAGCUGCAGAAGGGAGGAAGGAGCUGGGGGCAUAUCCUUCACUCUGUGUUUUCGUAUGUGGGAACGUGUGGGGGCAGCUUCCUCAGCAUGAAACACGCCUCAUCUUGUAUAGGGAAAGGUAAAUGAUGACUGUCAGUUGAUAAGUUCCGUCAAGCACUAGGAUUGCAUUUAAAAACACCUGUUUUGUGGGGAAGCAUGCCUUUUGUUGUCUUUAUCCUACUGGCUUUGGUGGCCCUGUGCAUUUUCAUUUUAGCUUAGCUUUCCUGUUACCCAGCUUGUGUGUAUCGUUCCUUUUUUUUUCUCCUUCGAACUACUGCUUAUUGCAACUCGCGAUGUUACCUCAAAACCCAGAAACCAAGGAGAGAGCUGAUGAUGCACUGGAGUUGGGGUGGGUACAAGGACUGGUGUUCAUGUAGGUUAAGUUUUAAUAGAUCACAAGUAUACAGAAUUGAAGGAUAACGUGGCUUUACAGAAAUCAUGUUUGUUUUUAACAUUUGGAGAAACAACCUGUCCUAGGUCCUUAUUCUUGAGAAAUUCACCUUUUUAUGCAAGUCACAUUGGUGAGGCAUACUUCAUAGCUUGGAUAAUUGGCCUCUCUCGGUCAAUAAACAAGGAAUUAUAAUAAUUGCCAAAGGUGGGGGUAAUUUUGCCUUUUAUUGGUCAUUCUGUGGUGACGUCUCCAGUCACAGUAUCUUGUAAAAAGCGUAACUUUAUGAUUUUAUAAUUCCCCUCCUCUUUUCUGAUCUACGAGCGUAUGUAGAGGAGAGUAAGGAUCUGAUGUGCUACAGAAUAGUUCUUGGAACCCAUGUUUCUGACCAAGGAAAUGGUUGAGCUGUUGAACUAAGUGGUUGUUACAUGGUUCAUAUGCCAACUGCUCUGGCCCCUUGUCCCUCCCACGACCUCAAUAGGAAAAUGAAAUUGGGAGAUUCAGUCAAACUUAGACCCAUCUGUUAAUGGGGAGCUUACACGUUGAUUUUCUAUCUCAGGAUAUUCUUCAGUCUCCAACUGCUGCUGAGGGGGAAGGAACAAGCUGCAGACACUGGAACUGGUCUCCAGGUGUUUGUGUGUGUGUGUAAAACUUCACACUGUGUGUGUCGUGUUCAGUGUUGUGUCAAUCUAUGAACUGACCCAAGCAACAAUUUGAAAGAGAAGACCCAUAAUGGCAAAAGACACCCGCCACCUCCUUGUGUCCAAGUGCUUGCUGUGACUUUCACAGCUAGGACAAAUAAGGAUUCAGGAGCAAGGUGUCCUUGAAAGAAAUGAUGUGUUGAUCUCAUAAGAAAAUGUACAACCAAUAAAAGACAUUUA